AACUCAGUCACUUAUAUAAACACCAAAUAUGCUACAUAUUUCUCUUACAUGUUCAAGAGAAAAAAUGAAAAUUGCCAAGAUUUGUGAAGAGCUUAUCAAGCCAUCAUCCCCAACUCCAACUGAACUUAGAGGCCACAAAAUCUCUUUCAUAGAUGAAAUAAUACCUCAUUCAUCAAUUCCACUCAUUUUGUUCUACAAAAAGAGUGAAACCAUCACACAAUCACAAAUAUGCAACCACUUAAAGACUUCACUCUCACAAACUUUAACUCAAUUUUACCCUUUGGCUGGAAGAAUGAAAUCCCAAUAUUCAAUUGAUUGCAAUGAUCAAGGAGUUUACUAUCAAGAAUCCCAAGUGGAUACUUCACUUUUAGACAUCAUCAAGAAUCCAAAUGCCAAUGAACUGGUCCAACUAACACCUUAUAAUUCAGAUGGCACCACAUCAAAUUUUCAAGAACUUUUAGCCAUUCAAGUUAACUUAUUUAAUUGUGGUGGCAUAGCAAUUAGUAUCUCCAUUUCACAUAAAAUUAGUGAUGGUUCUAGCCUUUGCACGUUCAUCAAGAAUUGGUGCAAUGCAAGUGAAGGAUUAAGAAGCAACAACAAAUGUUGCACAGACUCUCCAGAAAUGUUGCCGCACCCGACUACUUAUGGAGGAUCUGAUACGCACCCAUCGGCAUUUUUGAAGAGUUCGAGCAACAUAAGCAACAACAAGGUAAGAAAAGACUCGAUUUUCAUUUCCUUGUCAUCAUUUUUUCCAUCGAGAGGGACAACUGAUGACACACCAGACGAAAAGUACGUAGCAAUUCAGCCAGUACCUGAAAAGCUAGCAGUAAAAAGAUUCAUUUUUACUGCCUCAAAUAUAGCUAAAAUGAAGGCUAAGUUGAUCAAUUAUGGUUACAAUGAAAACACGACACGUGUAGAAGUAAUUAUAGCUUUAUUAUGGAAAUGUUUCGUGGCUGCAAAAGGGUGUAACACUGUUGCAGCUAUCCCAGUGAAUAUAAGACAAAGGAUAGUUCCACCCUUGCCUAAAAAUUCAUUUGGUAACUUUUUCUUAGUAGCAAGUGCUAUAGCAAAUGUGGAAAAUAAUUGGUUUUCUUUGGUUGGGAAAAUAAAGAAUGCAAUUGGGAGAAUUGAUGGUAAUUACGUGGAGAAUAUUCAAGGAGAGAAUGGUUUUGAGUUUGUUAAGAGUAAUUUUAACCAAAUUGGAACAUUGAUUAUGAGUCAAGGGGAUAACGUUCAAGUAUUAAGAAUUGUAAGUUGGUGUAAUUUUCCAAUUAACGAAGCAAACUUUGGAUGGGGUGAGUCUAUUUUGACUAUUGUGGCAAUUACUGGGGUAAAAGAUAAUAUUGUUUUAUUGGAUUCUGUAAAAUUUCCUGGUGGAAUUGAAGCUUGGGUUGUUAUGGCUGAUCAAGAAAUGGCAUUGUUUGAAUUGGACGAGGAGUUGCAAGAUUUUACUUCAUUAGAUGCAAGUUAAUAAGCUUUUUAUUUUGUCUAAUAAGUUGUCACCCUAAUUGAAGUUGAUCUUUUACAAAUCAAGAUAUGUAUUGGUGAUUAUGCAAGUCAACAUUCAGAUUGAAUAUAUGAAUCAUUGUUAAAAUUCA